AUGUAUUCUCGACGACUUUUAUCUUAUGUUUCUCGUAUUGGUCGUGGGUCGCGAGCGCCUGGUCGUUUCGAUAAUGGAAAAACCUUUUUUUCAACAACCAAUCGUAAUGCGUAUCCCGCUACUAUAAAUGCUACUUCUUUAUCGUCAUCAACUUAUAGAAAAUCAGCAAAGUUUUUUGUUGCAGCAUGUUCGGUCACUGCAGCUGUUGGUACUUUGGCUUAUUGUAAUGCACAAGCCAAUCCACUACACGCCGAAGAAACAGUAUCAUUCGCUGGAAGGAAAGGCACCGAAUCUGAACGCACCUUCAUCAUGGUGAAACCGGAUGGGGUGACACGUGGACUAGUCGGCGAAAUUAUUUCACGAUUCGAGAAACGCGGAUAUAAGCUGGUGGCGAUAAAGUCUUUAGUGCCGAGUCGACAGCUUGCUGAGCAACAUUAUGGUGAUUUGAGAACCAGACCGUUUUUCAAGGGGUUAGUGAACUAUAUCACGAGUGGAAAGGCACCAGUUGUGGCUAUGGUUUGGGAAGGAAGGGACGUAAUUCGUCAAAGUCGUGCUAUGAUUGGUGCUACUAAUCCUUUAGAAGCAGUUCCAGGAACUAUCCGUCAUGCUUUUUCUAUUAGUAUCGGUCGUAACGUGAUUCAUGGUUCAGAUUCUUUUGACUCGGCCGAAAAAGAAAUUGGACUGUGGUUCGGGAAACCAGGUGACUUGGUUUCUUGGGAACCAGUGAAUUGGAAUUGGAUCAUGGCUGAGAAUUAA